UUACUUGAUCAGGCUAAACCCAGUAAAACAUCAAACAGGAACCAAGCCCCCUCUCGCUUCACCCCCCGGAACCUCUCCCGGCGCCCAUGGCGGCCUCACCGGAGGCGGAUCCACCGCCGGAGACAGAGAGCGCAGAUAUGCACCCAUCACCAUCUCCACCUUCUUCUCCUCCUGCCCCUUGUCCUGCCCAAGAGAGCUCCUCCCUGGCCACCGCCUCUCCACCGGAGGCGGCUCAUCCCGGUCACGCCACCCUGGCCCCGACGCCGCCUCUAGAACAAGCCACUCCGGAGCGUCCGGAGGCGGACGAGCCUCCGCCGCCGAUCGACGACGGGGCGGACCCGCUGCCUUUACUCCCUCAUCCUCCGGAGGUGGCGCCCGCCGCUUCAGCUGUGCUUGAAGCGAUCUCCACGGAGAAGCCCGCUUCCCCUUUGCCGCGUCGGGAGGACGUGGCGGUUGAGGUCUCCCCCGAUGUGGCGGCUUCGGCCGCCUCGCCUCCUCCGUCUCCCCAAAUCGGGGAGGCCUCGCCGGAGGAUGCUCCACCACCGCCUUCGCCCCCACCUACUCCUCCGGAUACGACCUCGCGUGGUUCCCCGGAUCCCCCCACCGUCGAGGCUGCGGCAAUGCCGUCCCAGGAAGCCGCUUGGCCACCCCCUGCGCCCGAAUCGAUGGACGCGGAUUCACAAACCGCGCCCGCGCCGCUUACGCCGCCAUUGGAGAGUGGACCAGAAGGGUUGUCUCCACAGCAACAGCCGCGACCGCCAUCUCCGGAAAUGGCGCCUCCACUAUUUGAAAAUUCGGAGCCCGAGCAGACGCCAUCGCCUCUUCCUCCUCCGGCUGAAAGCACACACGCCUUUCUGGAUGGAGAGGCGGAUGAGGUAGUAGCUGUGGUGUCAGAAGCUUCUGCUUCACCGCCUGCAUUGGAGGCAAUGGACGGGGAGACGACCACCGCACCUGGUGUGCCACCAGCACUGGAGAGUGGUGUAGAGGUGUCAUUGCAAGAGCCAGUGCAGACAUCAUCUUCUCGCGGGAUGGAAGCUGAGCCCUGUUCACCUGAGAUGGCACCUCCGGGUUUUGAGAAUUUUAAAUCUCAAUGGCUGGCACUAACACCUCCUACUCUGCCGGCUGAAUUCACAGACUCUUUGGUAGAAGCGGCAGCCACCAAUGCUGUUGCUGUGGGCAUGAUGCUGGAGGCAGCGGCUGGGUCAGUGCCUGCAUUGGAGGCCAUGGAUGCGGAGAUGGACAUAUCACCUGGCCUGCAGCCACCGUUGAAGAGUGGAGCAGAGGGACAACUGCAACAGCAACUUCUGGGAUCAUCUUCUCCCAUGGCACAAGCUGCACCAUGUUCACCAGAUAUGCCGCCUCCGGGCUUUGAGAAUUGUAAGUUGUCAUGGAUACCACUACCGACUCUGGCUCCCCCAGCUGAAACCACAUACUCCUUACCAGAUGUGGCUGCCACCAACGAAGUGAAAGUGAUGUGUGCGGAAAAGGCUUGCUCGGUGCCGGCAUUGGAGGCAACAGAUGUGGGGACAAACACAGUGUGGAGCCUGCUGCCACCGAUGGAGAGUGGAGCGGGGGGUUCAUUGCAAGGGCCACUGCCAAGAGCACCUUCUCCCACAAUUCAAGCUGCUCCCUGUUCACCGGAUAUGGAACCCCCGGGAUUUGAGAAUUUCAGGUCAUCACAGCUACAGCUGCCCACUCCACCUCUGCUGCAAACUGCAUGCAUAAAUAUAAUGCAAGAUUCCGCCACCACCGGGACGGAUGAGGUAGUAGCUGUGGAUGUACAAAUGGAAGCUCCUCAGCCAUCUGCAUUGAAAGAGAUGGAUGUACACAUGGAUGCCACAUCUGCACUGCCACUACCAUCAGAUAAUCAAGCAGGGGGGUCAUUGCCACACAAAUCACCCCAGCUGCCUUCUCAAACCAUGCAUGGUACAGUCUGUUCGCUAGAGAUGGUGACUUCAGGGUACGAGAAUGUGGUGUCUUCGCAGCUGCUGCCAUCAGCUUCAGUUCUUCCUCUUGUUCAGACCCCAGACGCCUUGACAGAUGCAAUGACCAAGAAGACAGUCACAGUGGAAGAAGUGUGUCAUCCUCUGUAUGUAGUAGGAGCAGUGGAAGAGGCCAAAGGAUCUAUUCUGCCACCACCACUGGAGAAUGGGUGCGAGGGGCCAUUGCAAUGCCUAGAGCCUCAAGUGUCUUCUCCUAUGGUGCAGGCUGCGCCUAGUUCACCGGAGAUCGCUCCUGCGGGUUUUGAGAAUUUGGAGUCCUCUCAGCCGACCUCUCUCCAUCUAGCCGAGACAAUAGAUCCCUCACCACAGGCAUGUGCCACAAAGUCUGUGGCUGUUAAGUCAGAGGAAACGGCUCAGCUACCAUCUUCAUUGCAGGCAACAUAUACAGACUUGGAAAUUGCAAUUGCACUGCAGUCGCCAUCGAAGAGCGGAGAGGGUUCAUUGCCACAACCCCAGCAUCAUCCAUCUUCUCCAUCUGUGCAGGAUGCACCUUGUUCACCAGAAAUGGCACCCCCAGGCUAUGAAAAAUUGGACUCCCUGGAACAGCCGCUACUGCCACCACCACCUCUUUGCACAAAGUUUGAAAUGGGUCAGAUGGUAUGCGGAUGCUGUCGUGAACUUCUUGCAUAUCCUAGAGGUGCUGUUCAUGUUCAGUGUUCUGGUUGUUUGACAAUAAACCUUGUAUUGGAAGAACAUCAAGUUGGUAAGGCGUAUUGUGGGCAAUGUGAGACAUUGUUGAUGUACCCUUUUGGAGCUCCUGCAGUUAGAUGUUCCACCUGUCUUUUUGUCACCAAAAUUGGAGACCAGGAGCGUAAUGUUCGUCGUCGAAUAUUGAUGGAACAGGGUGGGUCGCCUCACCCGAAAGAGCAAACUCCCCAAGAGCUAUCUCAGGCCUAAUCAGGUUCGGUCAUGUAGCCUGGAUGAUCCCUGUAACGCCAGUAGCUUCAGACGCCGCCGUGGAUAACUCUCUGGUCUUCAAGUAUGGAUGGUGGUAAAGCCUUUAUCGUUGAAUGCCGCCGUGGGUAGUUUCAGAUCCAACCUGUAUGCAGGGUAAAAAGAACGAAAAAACAAACAAACACAAACGCGUGCUUAGAAUCAGAAAUGUGAAAAGAUGGCCGUUUUGCGGUCGCACUGCUA